ACUUGAAAUAAUACAUCGGACGAUUUUGAAUUCACCCAAAUCAAUCCGACCUCCAGCCAAGCGCCUCACCACCGAUACCUCGGCGCCGGUUCCAGCUUCGUCGCCGGCUUCUUCGCUGACCUCCGACCUCCAGCCAACUCAUCGGUCACUUGAUUCGGUACCUACACGCACAGGUCUUCCAUCGAUCUUCUACGGUAUAAGGGUUUUUUUCCAGUAAUAUUUGGGACAUGGAUCUUAAAGAAGUUAAUCUAAGCGCUCCUCACUCCAUGGGCACGACCAUCAUCGGCGUCACUUACAAUGGAGGUGUUGUUCUCGGGGCCGACUCUCGGACAAGCACUGGAGUGUAUGUUGCUAACCGUGCGUCGGACAAGAUUACACAGCUAACUGAUAAUGUCUAUGUUUGCCGCUCCGGAUCGGCUGCAGAUUCACAGAUUGUUUCGGACUAUGUGCGCUACUUCCUUCAUCAACACACGAUACAGUUAGGGCAGCCUGCAACCGUCAAGGUUGCUGCAAAUCUUGUCAGGCUAAUAUCCUAUAGUAACAAGAACAUGUUACAAACUGGCCUAAUCGUUGGUGGGUGGGACAAGUAUGAAGGUGGUAAAAUUUAUGGAAUUCCUCUUGGUGGAACAAUAAUAGAGCAGCCUUUUGCGAUUGGAGGAUCUGGCUCUAGUUACUUGUAUGGAUUUUUCGAUCAGGCAUGGAAGGAAGGAAUGACCAAGGAUGAAGCUGAGCAACUAGUGGUGAAGGCAGUUUCCCUUGCCAUUGCUCGAGAUGGUGCUAGUGGUGGUGUUGUUCGCACUGUCAUUAUAAAUUCUGAGGGAGUGACGAGAAACUUCUACCCUGGGGACAAACUUUCAUUGUGGCACGAGGAAUUGGAGCCGCAGAAUUCACUCUUGGACAUACUCAACGCUUCUAGUCCUGAGCCAAUGAACAUUUGAUGUGGAGGAUCUCAAUGUUGAUAGCUACACUAUUUAUUUCUUUUUGCUGCAAUCUCUGUUUUAUAGACAGGAACAGGAUUGAAAUCUUUUGUCUUGGAGAACAGUUCAUAUACCAUAUGUUGGUGGAUAUAUUUCUGAUUCAAUCUAAGGCUCUGGAAAAUGCUUUCAGCAGAAAAUAUUUUCCAGAAAAAUGAUUUAUUGGAAAAUAUUUUCUGGUAUUUGGCGCGUGCAGAAAAUCACAAAUGGGUUUAAGUUGGUUGCUA